GCGCCAGUUUCCUAACUAACGUAACUGUGACAUUAACAAUACAGUAAGAUGGAGACGAUCUUUCGUUUAAAAUUGUUGAUUGGUUGGAUAUAUUAUUCUUUCAGCAGUUGCAGUCAGUCGGAAGCUUAUUGAGCUAGGAAUUCAUACGCAUCUCACCGGGGGAUUUCUUCCGACCGUAAUUCCAACUGGUCGAGUUUCUCAUUGCGCAAAAUUAGAAAGCUGUAGUAGGAUCAAAACACCGUGCUAUCUACAUUCUGUUCCGAUAGCUAAAUUAUCUUUAUCUCAGGACUGCAUUAUCGCUAAUUGAUGCCCAUAGUUUUGCUUAUUAAAUGUAUACAUUUAAUAAGUGCGUUAACGCACACAAUUGUGUGCGCUUUCUGCCCAAUCAACCAACAAAGGGAAAUAAAGGCGAACAAAAAAGAAAUAAAAAGGAAACGCACCAAAAUGUCUGCUUUUUCGCUUGUCCGGGGAAAUGAUACUGAUUUUCCUCUUUUUGUUGUUCUGUUUCUUAAAUGUCGUUCAAUUGUCUACUUUCCACUUAAAUACACGCCGAAUUGUCUACUUUUGCUCCAAAUUUUAAAACAUCAGUGGUAUAACCUCAAAGGUCUCCUAUGUUUGCCUUUAUUUCCACAACAAACCACACUAAAACUGCAAUCCACGGGAAAAAUAGUACAUGUUUAAAAUAAAUUCAUUGAAAAGGAAAAGCGUAUUGUUAUACAACAUUAUGACAGAAGCUUGAGCAUCAAUCGUUAUCCAUUUUCAUGGCAAUUGUCAGUUCAUUGUUAUUUGAAAACAUCUACAAAAGAAGAAGCACCUAAUGUGUUAUUAAUAGUGCAUGAUUAUUAAAUUGCAAGUUCAUAGAAAAUCAAACACACUUUCUCAACACUUAAAUGGUUCCCCAUGUAACUAAGAAUGUAAGCUCAUUUCCAAAAUAAUGUUUGUUGAAAAGUAAGUUGAAAAUAAAAAAAACAUUCCACGGAUUACUUCUUUUAGCCAUUCCUGUUCGUCUACUGAGAAAAAAUCUUGUGAAUUCUGAAGUGUAAAGAACAAAAGAAGUUACAACGAUAUCUGAAUAACAUGCUUUAGCAUAGCCAGAUACUUGAAGCUUCACUUACGGUUAUGUUCGUUGACGCUGUCGACUGUAACUAUAGAGCAGUAGGGAAGUUAUCACUUUAAAUUAGUACAUACCUGUUUUUGUUUCCUUCGAUUACACCUUACUAAUUUGUCCCUGACGUCGUGAAAAUGACCUUGUGUCGCGAUAUUGUACAGUUUCGCAAGGUCUUUUUCGUUGAAAGAUGAUGACAAAAAGCGAUUGGACAAUGCGCCUGAAGUUUAAAUAAUAGAUAUAGGUUACUUCGUAUGCAGCCGUAAGAUCGGCAUUUCUGAAGUGCUCGUUUUGACAAAGUACCAAGUAGGGUGAAAUUACUGGCAACCUCAGGUGUCAUGACGUACAAUGAAACACAUCACAUUGAGGUUUUAGGAUAAUUAUCCAUUAACCUCGUUAAAAUGGCUAUCUGUAAUACGAACAAAUUGUAAAAUUAUUAAGAUCUUAGACAUAAAAAGUCCAUCUACAUUAAUAUACAAACUUAAAUUAUCAAAAUCAAUAGUACACAACUGACGUUCAACAUAUCCUAGCAAAUUGGUUUUCAAUCCGAGGUGGUAGUAAACCCCACUGCUGAUGAACUUUGGUUGGACAUUUGUACAUGUACUCAUGACACUUCUGAUACUCCUUGGUAAGUCCGGAACCAGGUCUAGGAAAUCAUACUCAUGAGUAUCUGGCCUCCAUACAUAUUCGAAUUCGUAUAGCACUUAUGUAUUUGGUGCUUUGUUGUGCCCAUGUUUAUUUGGUUAAAUAAAUAAAUAAGAGUCCCAAAGCAUUUUAACAAUUAAACUCAACGGUUUGUAGUGGUAAUCAGUAUUCAGUGAGUUACAGAACAAAAUUUUUCCUACUUUUACACUUUAAGCUAAUGGUAAAUUUUGUUUAUGCUUAACGAAGUUUUAUCAAUAAAUUCUUUACAUCUCAGAGAUAUUGUAUUGUGGAUUGUCAUAUGUCACAAACCUGUUGAUAAAAUAACUAAAAUAUAUUUCAUUAUUAUAACUACAUCUUAAAGAGCAUUUAUUGCCAAAACUGUGCUUCACCGAUAAAGUAAUCAGAAUUAAGAUAUGAAUUCUCCAACAAAGCGAUAAGUGUGCCAUUUGAUUCUAUAAACAGCUACAGAAAAUUCAGUUAAACUAUUUCUACUCUAUAAGACGUACCACAAUCAGAAAGAACAUAAUUGUUUUUGACUUCGAUGCAAAUGCAGCAUACUAAGACCAAAUUAUGGGCACCAUGUUCCAUUUUUCUCGUGGGAUUAGUUUUUUUUGCAUGGACUAUAAAAGUAUAUCCUCAUAAUAAAUCCGACAACCUUCCUACGACGCUAAAGUAAUCUUAGAACGUUCGGUAAUCGUAGACAAAUGUGGUUCCUUAUUCAUAUCCUUCACUCACAAUCAAUGCAGAGCCUGGCACAAUAUCCAUUGGCUGAAGUUGCUAUACCAUUUAAGCACACUGGGGUGAGAUUAGUAGGAUAACUAACUUGCAAAAGAGUAGGAAUAGUUGCAGUAUUACUAACAACAAGAUAGACUGAACACUAAGAAUACUACUCGAGAAAAACAAUAGAUAAAGGUGGGAUGAAUUUUUGGUACUGUGGCAAAUUCUGAUCAAUAUCACACGGCAUCUCCAACCGCUGAUCAUGGUUGACAUUUAGAGUCCAACCAAUUAGUUUGGAUCUAUUAAUCCAGCUCAGUUCAACAGUCAGUGACGUCACGGAUUAUUGCUACGUCUCGGUUUAACCGCCCUUAGGUUCCUUUCAACUUCUAUUCCGGCCAAUAUUACACGUUAUCAACCGACUUCAUUUUUAAAUUGAUUUUGUAUAGUUUGUUUGAAUCUUCCCAUUGAUGGUUAGGACUGUAGUCGUCCAGUCCCUCAUUGGCAUUUGUGCAUCCUGUGCAGACUGCCUCGAUAUUGCCUUAAGUCAUAAGCAUUUUAAACAAAGAUGGAUGCAGGUAUAUCCAGCUGACGAACCCCAAAUAAGACCAAAACGUGCGUCCUGGAUUCCACUGCUUGCCACCACCCAUCUUCGAUUUCAUUUUUGUCUAGUACACAUAAAGUAAGUAGAAGCUAUGAGAUUGCGACCUGCAAUACUCAACCUUUCAUUGGAUUUUCGGAUAGCAGUGUUCGAUUUUCUCUCAUUCUCUGUCUUCUAUCAUUUUCAUUGUGGUCUGUAAAUUUCCCGUUGGUUUCAAAAUAUUGUGGAUAGUAUAUUAAUUUGUUGUUUGUAAACCUCAAUUUUGCUAACUUAUGGUACAUCCAAUGGUAAUUGUUCAGUUCUUUGAUUACAUUCGGUGAACAUAUUACUUAUAUAUAUCAUAAGCUGACUUCCUAAAUAAUUAUGGAAGAUAGAAUUUAUGAUACUAUGGAAAUUUAUCGUAAUUAAGUUAAACUGAAUGUGUCAUUAACCGAAAUAUAAGUCACUUAAUAUGAAUAUCGACCAAGAAUUCUGGGUGAAAACAAUUUUUGUAGUAAUAGUCGAAUAAAAUGAAAAGAGUUUAAGUGUUUUUAAGUAAAAGCUUUGAUUUACAGAUGACUUACGCUUCCGCAGCAUAGACCAGGGUAAAGCGUGAACCUCUCGUAAGCUUUUAAUGGAUUCUGAAAAUGAUGUCAAAUGACACAUUUUAGACUGAACCUGCUACUUGUUGAAGAGUAGAUGUAAGUAACCUAUGUUUUCCUUUGCUAGACUAUGUUGGUAGAUGCUUUCAGAUGCGAUAAACAAGUUGCCUUGAAAACGAACUAGGUACUUAGCUAAAUAGGAACAGUUGAACUGGUUUAUGCACAUAAAACUGGUUAGUCGUUCUUGAUUAUCAUAUAACAGGAAGCACACAGAUGGACAACCAUAGUAUAUUGUACGGAGAUUUAUUUCAUCAAAUAUCUUUCUAAUCGUUCUCCAGAAAUAUUUUUAGGUAUAGCACGAUAUUCUUUUUAAACUCUUGAUUCAUGUUAUGUAAUUUUCUUCGCCAAUGUACAUUUGGUCUGUGACGGCUGUUUCCCCUUCAUGUUUUUCUCAAUAAAUCAUAUUGAAUAUCUCUUUUCAAUGAAGGUGGAUUUCAGAAUGUUCAUUUCUUUCCCAAAGCAGUUUAAUGAGCUGAUUGUUUGGUAACUUGAAUAUAAUUACUAAAAUCUAACCCUCCGCUAAAUUGUUUAUGUACAACUGAUAGUCAAAAUUGAAAAAAAAAACAAGACAAUCUUCACUCUUUGGUCUCUGUAGCAAUAAAAUCCAUUAAAGUUUAACCUUGUUCAUUCCCGAUUUUCCUUUCAUAGUGUAGUAAACUCUAUAACCAUAUUGGGUAGUAUGCACUAACUAAUGAGUAGUAACUGAAUUUUGCUUUAUGCACCAUUGAAUUGAGUAAAAUACAACAUUUUAUUCCAAUCAUUCUAAAUUAUGUUAGGUCUUUACUACACCUCACUAAGUAUUAGCUCGCGCAAUGUGCAUACGCAUGGUUUAUCGUAUGAAUGUUGUAUUCAGCAAGUGGUUUAUUGUUUGUGAAAUGUUGGCCAUAAGACUUUUUCAACAUAAUUAUUUAUUUUUGUGAUUUAUACCAAUAUUCUUGGUUUCGAAACUAACAAUUUCUUUCACUUAUUUGCAUCCACUAUUUGUUUCUGCAGGCUAAAUAAUCGAACCUUCAUGUUAUGUAAAGGCUAAAAUCUACGAGUUCUAAUUUUUCUAUGAUAUAUUUUCUCUGAUAAUCUUUAUCUCAAUCAUAAACACGUUGAAAAUGGCUGCAUGUGUGGUAGUAAUUUCCGAUACUAACCAAUUACUUUACUUGAGAACUGCCGAGUGUCCUGAUCCUUUGUUCUACCACUUUAAAGCACAUUCUGCUUUGGAUGUUAUCGAAGACAAAUUAUCCAAACGUACAACUUCUGGUGGUAAUCACGAUCAACUAGAACAAUACCUGGGACUCUUAUACCCAAUGGAGGACCACAGAAUUUAUGGUUAUGUGACUAAUACAAAGAUCAAAUUUAUCAUGAUUUUUGAGUCACAUGUUUUGUCUUCUCAAUCAACCCAAUCCAAUGUAUCAGUUCAUCAAACACAUCUUCGAGAUGUUGAUGUUCGAGCAAUGUUUCAACGUUUGCAUACCGCUUAUAUUGCUUUGGUGUGUUCACCAUUUUAUAAGCCGGGAACACCUAUUCAACCAGAUAAAUUAUCAGCUGCAUAUCGAUUUGAUCAAUGUAUUUCUUCACUUUUAGCUACAAAUGCUAGUUCUGGUUAUUGUUCUACAUUUACUAAUCUAAUCGAUGAAAGCAAAACAUCUACUGGUGAUAGUAUAACAACAACAAUAUAAUGUCUCCUAAAGCCUAAUAUUCAUCUGUAUAAUUUUUUACUUUACUUAAUAUAACUUGAAUUUUGUACUGUGAUGUGAUAAAAAAAUUUGAUCUUGUAGUCCAUUGUCAGCAAACUUACUUACUUACGCCUGUUACUCCUCGUGGAGGAGCAUAGACCGCCCGCCAGCACUCUGGUUAGCGUUUUUUUGGCGAGUUAGUUUUCUACGAGAUGGGGUCACUAAUCCCAUGCUCAACCCCCCUCGUUUACCCGGGCUUGGGAUCGGCAGUAACUCUAAAGGAGCUACAGGCGGAGUCAGUGUCAGCAAAGGUCAGGUCGUAAUAAUCUAUAUUAUGAACAAGGGCUUGGGCGUCGCAGCUUGGUUGAUCAUGUUUUGCGAUUUCAUGUCAUGAAAAUUAGGUUCAAUUCACCGUCAGAUUUACUAGUACAUAGCUGGCAAAUUAGUAAAAAGGUUUAAACAUGUACUCUGAAUCGCAUUUCUAUUUAUUAUUAAAGUAUUCAAAAAUUGCUUAUUUGUGUCAGUAAAAAAGUAUUUUUAUAAAUACCUGCUUCAAACUAUGAAGAACUUACGACUUCCCUCCUGAAAAUUAAAGGGAAGACAGUGUCUAUGUUAUUUUAAGUCAUUCAGACAAAGUACGUUCUCGACUGCUACAACUUCCUUAUUUAUCAAAUUGAACGACGACAGCAAUCUGUGAAGCCAUUGGCUUAGUGUAAGUGGUGUGCCCUAAACUGGAAACAUUUUACCUGAGUUUCUUAGAAUACUCAAACUUGUUAUUCAGGUACUCAAAUUAAUAUAGCUCAGAUGUCACGCAUUUGUUAUAUGGUUUUAAACCAUUAGCAAUAUUAUUCUCUGCUGGUAUGUUUGUUGUCCUGGUUUUCUCUUAAUAUGCUAUUUUGUAAUACGUACGCUUCUAAGUCAGAGAAAUCUUCACUGAAGAGAUCACUACAUAUUUUAAUGGUUCAUUGAAGUUUUAUAUGUAAUUUGUAUCGUAUUUUAUUAAGUAGUCUAAUUAUACUGUCAUAAUGUUCUUUAAUACGAUUGCUGUAGGGGUAUGAAGUUAAUGUCUAUCAAAGGUCACUAAAAUGUCGUUAAUUUUCGAGAUACAGCAUUUUACCGAUAAAAGGGUGUUGAUGAGUGUAUAGAGUGUAAACAGGGAUGGUAAUUAUUGUUAGUACUUUCCUUCAGUUUAUAUAGUUUCUGAAUCACAUUAUGUUCUGCCCAUAGAAUUGUUCUUAUUUCUUUAACGUAGUCUUUCCUGUAUUGUAUAUACUGUCAGUGGGUGCCAGACUUCACGGUCAUUAACACCAAAGCCAUCUCUCUCAAAUCCCCAACCUCAUCUGUAAUACUGACCAUGAAAACGUAGAAGCCAACACUUGAACUCAAAGUUUUUUCUCUUAACCAGUUGCUUAUUUCAGAGAUUCUAAUUGGCAAUUUCUUUAGGUAGUUUGGAUAUCAUUCUACCCUUCCUUAAACACGCAUUCAGAUAUAAAAGUAAUACUGUUGAAUAUAAUUAUGUGGUUCUCAUCUAUACUGCCUAUAACAAGGACGAUACUUUUCAACUAUUCUAGUUUAAAAUGUCAAGUGUCGUCAGAUUUCCUAGGAAAAUUAGUCCACAGAGUGAAUUAGAGUUUUGUAAAUUGAAAUUAUCGGCUUUAACGUAGAUCUCUAUUCCUUGUCAAGGCGUAUAAGAACUACGUGUAACAUCUAAAUUUAAAGUAACAGGUAACUUUCAUUUAUCUUUUUCACUUCACAAUUUUGUCUAAUUGAGGACAUAAGGAAAUUGCCAAAUUAGAUUUUCUCUGAUAGUUUCACUCCAAAACAUCAGGUAUUGAACCACGUAGAGGAGAAAGCGUUUGAGUAUAACAUGUUACUGAAGGUCUUCACUUAUAAGAUAAAAGUCUUGUUUAUCAUUAUAUUAAUUUACAUGAGCUGAGAAUCUGGAGACCUCAACUUGCAGACGGAUUAUGUCGUCCAAAAUAUUAAGUACUUCAACGUUUGUUUCCACCUACAUUUACAAAUAAGAAAAGGUGUACGUAACUUUUGGAGAUGAAAUUUUCAUUAGUAUUUCAUUAUCAUUCUUCUGCUUUUCAUCCAUCAUUGUUAUAAAAUAAUUCCCCCAUUAUAAUUCGAUCUUGAAUAUCACUUAAAUUAUCUUCAUAAACACAGCAAGAACGGAAACAAAAAUACAUGAAAAUAGUAGGAUAUUGGUCAGGAAUCAAAGAUUGGGGAGGGUUCUUGUAUUUGUUUUCACUGUAUCCAUCAAUUACAUAGAUUUAAUAUACUAACUUUCAAAUAGGGGACUUGACAACUAGAUUGUCUAUUACCAUAGCCUUCUUAAUUUGAUAACCGUUCAGAUAGAUGCUCUCCAUAAGGUUGGAGGUGUCCUGUAGUUAUUACUAGCGUUGUAUUCUUUCUUUUAAAGAAUACUUGGUUUUCCUGCAGCCCAUCCAAAAUUAAUUCAUAAACCGGGAACGUCCGGAGAUGCAUAUUGAACAAAAGUGUUGGGGUAAUCCGGAAAUCGCUUGCAAAAGACAAGGUAGCAUCAAGAAACACUAAGAAGCGUUUCGUCCAAUCAGCGUUCACUUGGAGUCUUGGCCAGAAAUAUCAAGGUAGCGAAACGUCACAUGCGGAAGCUCUGAUUGGUUGGCUACUAUGUUUAGUAGUAUUCCAGAAUAUUCCAGCGACCCAAGGACAUUUAUAUAUAUUACAAAAACCCUAUAUUUUCUGUAAGAAAAUGAACCUUGGAGUAAAGUAUUUUCUCUCAUACUUGCGUCUUCUCUCUGGUGUCCAAGUCGCUAUAUAGUUCUAGCCUGUGGGUUACCACAAUAGCUUAGGAAAACGAAUAUAGCGUUCAAUCGACAAGACUUAUCAAGAAGUUAGGCCGAACAAAAGUAAACUAAUAUUCUACAUUGCGUUUCACUGACUGAGUUAUGAAUAUUACUUGUUUCGAGAAUUACCACAAAUGCAAUACUGUUCCAAAGAUCUUAUCUUCAUCCACUACAGGUGAUUACAGUGUUUGUCGGUUGCUCAUUCAAUAAAUGUCUUAAAACUUUGUCAGUCUAAUUGAAAGUUUAGCGACACAACCAUUCAUGCAAGUCAUCAGUAUAAACAGUCGAGCAAAUCUGAAAACUAUCGAAUUUAACCCAACACUAACUAGGGUUCAAGCCAUUAUUAUAGACAUGAGUUGGGAGCGUACUCCCCUCGGUUACAACUUAUGUUCUUCCUGAUAAUCACUCACUGUUAAUCAUCUUGUGAAGAUUUAUUUAACCUCAGAUAUCUUGCAGCAGCACAUCACCUACAAUUGCGGCACAUAAGCUUGGUUGAUUCCAACAACUUAUAAUAACUAUAACUCGAUUAAAUCGUAUUCCGCCUAAUGCUAAACUGCAUACUUGGAACUAACUUGUAUGCAACAUCAGCCGGUAGGUAUGAAUAUAAAUAAGUAGUCUAUGGCAAAUCAGAACAUUGAGUCUAGAACAUGUCUCACGGAUACACUCAUGUUUAACGAAUUCCUCUUAGUUAUCUGUCCAAAAUUCAUAUAAUUAUCACUCAUGUAUUUAAAUUUUAUUUUGAUAACCAUUCAUGUGUAUUAGUAGUAUUACUAAAUUCUAUCACGGUCAAAUAAAAAUGAGGACGAGAAAAUCUUUCCGUAACUAAAUAAACCGUAUCAAACUAACUGGAACACUAGUUGGAAUUCUUCUCUACGGUAAUACCUUUGUUAUUUCAGUUAGUCUACUAAUACAGAUGCGAUUGGGAAUCAACUCAUAUGGACAGCUAACCGGCAUAAACGUUAUUUGGCUUAAUAAUUUAAACCAAGAAUAAUACCAAUAUUAACAUCCCUACAAUAUUGAUUGAUUUUAAUAUUUCUAAACACGAAAUGCUAUUAACCUAUGGCUAUUACUACGCAUCUUAUGGCGAUCGCCAUGACGCAAGAGAUAAAGUACAUAAACGUGGAUGGCGAUCCAAAGAAAGGCUGGCUUCGCACGCUUUAUCAGACGUAACUAAUAUUGUCAAUGACAGUUCUACAACGGAAUGAAAAACUUUGUAUACAUGGAUUAUUUGUAAAUUUAUUAACUGUAAUAAACAUUUAUGUACGUCA